UAUUGAUGUUGGCACUCUGUAUAUUUUAUAUAUUAUUUUUACCCACAAAAACUUCCUGCCUUUUGGCCUCGAAUUUGCUUAUUAUACAGCACAGCGUUUCGGUGGAUCAAAGUACAGAAAACAUUCACAGCUCAAACAAAAGGAUCAGUGGGGUUUCCGAUUCCCUCAAAUUGGCUUCUAGUUUUAACUUGAUGUUGCUGGAAAAUUCCUUUAAACCUUAAAUCAUUCAGCUGCCGAUCAACUCAGUUCGUGCAGAACACAUCCACAAGAUACAAAUAUGUAUUCGCGGAUGCCGAUGGCCCGAUCUCUGGCGAAGAGCUGUCGUCUGGUGGUGCAGCAGCGGCGUCUGGCAUCGAUUGCCUGUGCCGACGCCCAUAAGGGGGGCAAGGGCCUCGUCCUGGGGCUGUACGAGAAGGAGGCGGGCAGGGGGCCACGCCUGACGCCAGCCGGCGAGAAGUUCGACGACCGUCUGCACGGCAAGCUGAACGAGCUGAUAUGCGAGACCAGGAUCAGUGGUCGCCUGGGACGCGGCAAGGUGUUCAACAACAUCGACGAGGAGUUCAGGUCGGUGUGCGUGGUCGGUGUGGGGCUCGAGGGCAUCGGCUUCAACGAGCUGGAGAUGAUCGACGAGGGCAUGGAGAAUGUCCGCGUGGCCGCCGGCAUUGGUGCCCGCUCCCUGCAGUCAAUCGAGUGUAUUGAGAUCCACGUGGACAACAUGGACUACCCGGAGCAGGCGGCCGAGGGCGCAUUGCUGGCCACCUUUCGCUACGAGGACAACCUCUCCAAGAAGUACCGCUCGAUCCAGCCCAAACUGGAGCUAUUUGGGUCGCCGGAUACUGACUCUUGGCUGCGAGGCCUCUUCAAGGCGGAGGCCCAGAACAUCUCGCGCCUCAUCAGCGAGGCUCCGGCCAACUGCAUGACGCCCACGGCCUUCGCACAAGUUGCCGUGGACAAGCUCUGCCCGUGCGGCAUCACCGUGGAGGUGCGCACGAUGGAGUGGAUCGAGCAGCAGCGGCUGCACUCCUUCCUGACGAUUGCCAAGGGCAGCUGCGAGCCGCCCGUCGUCCUGGAGCUCGCCUACUGCGGCACCUCGCCCGAGGACAAGCCGGUGCUGCUGGUGGGCCAGGGCAUAACCUUCAAUUCGGGCGGCAUCAAUCUGCGUCCGUGCAAGGGCAUGGACGAGUUCCGUGGCGACUUGAACGGAGCCUCCUCCAUCCUGGCAACCAUGCGAGCGGCUGCCGCCCUGUCGCUGCCGAUCAACAUAACGGCCAUCCUGCCGCUCUGCGAGAACCUGCCCUCUGGCAUGGCCGUGAAGCCUGGGGAUGUGGUCACCCUCCUGAAUUCCAAGAACAUGGCGAUUCGGAAUAUCGAUCGCACUGGAGUGGUGGUCAUUGCGGAUCCCCUGAUCUAUGGCCAGCAGACGUACAAGCCCCGUCUUGUCGUAGACAUUGGAUCGAUGUGCAAGGGCGUGAAGAAGGCUGUGGGCGGAGGCGCCACGGGCAUCUGGUCCAACUCGCAUUAUGUGUGGAAGCAGUUCCAGAAGGCUGGAUCCCUCACCGGGGAUCGCUUGUGGCGCUUCCCGCUGUGGGACUUCUACAGGCGCCGAGUGGCCAAUCACAUAAGCUUCGAUCUAACCAACGACGGCGAUGGCCUGGCCUCGUCCUGCCUGGCGGCCGCCGUGCUCCACGAGCUGGUGCCCUGCGCCGAUUGGGCCCAUCUCGAUACUUUUGGCACUGGCCUGAUGUCCACAUACGGCCUGAUACCGUAUCUGCGAGCGGGCCAAAUGACGGGACGCCCCACCCGAACUUUGGUGCAAUUCCUGUAUCAGUUGGCAUGUCCCAGCGAGUAGCUGUUCGGUUCAGCUGUUGAUUGGAUCGGAUCUAUAUUUGUUUUUAUUGUUUCGAUUGUUUCUAUAUAUUUUAGCAGACAACACAGACAGAGGUACACGCCACACAGUGGAAUGAAUGUCUUUCGGUAACAAAUUCAACAGAGCAACAGCAACAGCAACAGAAUACCAAUCAAUGCACCAGCAUAUAAACAUAUCGUAUAAACAUAUCAACAGAAAAUUGAUGUAUCCGUAAAUAUAUUAGAAAUGUUUGGCCUUAAU